GCGGCGGCGCACGGCGGCGGCGGCUCCACUUUCCAGGACUCAGGGGCGGCGACAGCGCCAGCCGCGGGCAGCAGGCUGGGCAGCCGGAGCUGGAACGGCCGGGCGCGGCGGCGGCGCCGGGGGAUCUAAAAUGUCCACUGAGGCACAAAGAGUUGACGACAGUCCGGGCACUAGUGGAGGAAGCUCCGAUGGAGACCAGCGUGAGAGUGUCUAGUGGGAACCAGAGAGAGAGCAGGUUCAGCCGAAGAAGAAGGAGGGGAAGAUAUCCAGCAAAACAGCUGCUAAACUGUCUACUAGUGCUAAAAGAAUUCAGAAGGAACUUGCAGAAAUUACGUUGGGCCCACCCCCCAACUGUAGAUUUUCAGAGUAAUCUCCACAAAGUGUACCAGGCUAUAGAGGAGGCCGACUUCUUCGCCAUCGAUGGGGAGUUUUCAGAUCUAGGAAUCAGCGAUGGACCUUCAGUCACCGCAUUAACAAAUGGUUUUGACACUGCAGAAGAAAGGUAUCAGAAGCUUAAAAAGCAUUCCAUGGACUUUUUGCUGUUUCAGUUUGGCCUUUGCACUUUUAAGUAUGACUACACAGAUUCAAAGUAUAUAACGAAGUCUUUUAACUUCUAUGUUUUCCCGAAACCCUUCAAUAGAUCCUCACCAGAUGUCAAAUUUGUUUGUCAGAGCUCAAGCAUUGACUUUCUAGCAAGCCAAGGAUUUGAUUUUAAUAAGGUUUUUCGCAACGGAAUUCCGUACUUAAAUCAGGAAGAAGAAAGACAGUUAAGAGAGCAGUAUGAUGAGAAGCGUUUGCAGUCCAACGGCGCAGGUGCUCUGUCCUACACGUCUCCUAACACUUCAAAGUGUCCCGUGACAAUUCCUGACGAUCAGAAGAAGUUUAUUGACCAAGUAGUAAAGAAAAUAGAAGAUUUAUUACAAAGUGAAGAGGACAAGAACUUGGAUUUAGAGCCAUGUACUGGGUUCCAAAGAAAACUGAUUUAUCAGACUUUGAGCUGGAAGUAUCCCAAAGGCAUUCAUGUUGAGACUUUAGAAACUGAAAAGAAAGAGCGAUACAUUGUUAUCAGCAAAGUAGAUGAAGAAGAACGCAGAAGAGAGCAGCAGAAACAGGCUAAGGAACAGGAAGAACUGAAUGAUGCCGUGGGAUUUUCUAGAGUCAUUCAUGCCAUUGCUAAUUCGGGGAAGCUUGUCAUUGGACACAACAUGCUCUUGGAUGUCAUGCACACGGUUCAUCAGUUCUACUGCCCUCUGCCCGCGGACUUAAAUGAAUUUAAGGAGGUGACAACAUGUGUUUUCCCCAGGCUCUUGGAUACAAAAUUGAUGGCCAGCACACAACCUUUUAAGGAUAUCAUUAACAACACAUCCCUUGCAGAAUUGGAAAAGCGGUUAAAAGAGACACCUUUCAACCCUCCUAAAGUUGAAAGUGCAGAAGGCUUUCCGAGUUACGACACGGCUUCUGAGCAGCUCCACGAGGCCGGCUAUGAUGCUUAUAUUACAGGACUGUGUUUCAUCUCCAUGGCCAACUACCUAGGUUCUUUUCUUAGUCCUCCAAAGAGUCAUGUAUCUGCCAGAUCAAAACUCAUCGAACCUUUUUUUAACAAGUUAUUUCUUAUGAGAGUCAUGGAUAUCCCCUAUCUAAACUUGGAAGGACCAGACUUGCAGCCUAAACGUGAUCACGUCCUCCAUGUGACAUUCCCCAAAGAAUGGAAAACCAGCGACCUUUACCAGCUUUUCAGUGCCUUUGGUAACAUUGAGAUAUCCUGGAUUGAUGACACGUCAGCGUUUGUUUCUCUCAGCCAGCCUGAACAGGUACCAAUUGAUUUAAGUUUAAACAAAGAAGGCUUCUUUGAAAGGUCCAAGUAAGAAAUGCCAAGCUAAGGAGGAUGGAGCUGGCCUGGGAGCUUUGUGAGUUAUCAGACUUAGCUUUGGAAUCAAACCCUUUUGACCACCCAAGGGCAAGCACAAUUUUCCGGAGCAAAUCUGAAACGGACGGUAUCUCCAAGGAAGCUUACUAAAAGGUAUAGCUCAUGCCCAACCAUAUUUCCAGAUGACAGCACAGUCAGCGAGCCUAAUCUUAGAACCACAAUAAAAUG